CUAAAUAGCAACUUGAGCGAGAGGUGUCCUGUCUCCCUUGUCAUCUCCCCUCUAGUGCCGAUUUCUACCUACCAUGGCCGCUAGAGUAUCGGCCAAGAAGGCUCUCGGUCUGGUAGCAGGGUCGCUCGCUCCCCGGGGUGGAGCGGUUGCGGCGGUGCGCCCUGCUUCGAUCGGCCUGACGACGGCAGCCUCGCGACCGUUUUCACAGCUAGCUCCCACCACGACUUUCUCCAAGGAGCGUUCAAAGUCGGUGUACGAGCACGGGGCGCACCGAAGCGAUGCCGAGGCGAGAAUCGCGAAGGUGCCGGUGGUGAUGGUGGACGGGCCAGUCGCGUUGUGCGAUGGAGGCGGGGGUGCGCUAGGACACCCGUUGGACUACAUUCAGCUGGGCAGCCCGGACGGCGGCCCACGCGCUUGCCAGUACUGCGGAACGCUGUACCAGAUGAAGACGCACUAACGGAACCAAACUAAAUACUGUAGGAGCGUAGCCGCUGAGCGGGGUGUUGCUUUUUUCCGAUCGGUUCCUGAGUCGGGUGGUUUUAGGAGGGCGGUUGUUUGAUGCGAGGUUUCUGGCUUCGCGGCGGUGGCGCGGCGCCGAAAUUCGUUCGCGCUACAUCAACCGCAGCCAACGUCGCCACUCCGAGGGGCAUUUGAGUGUUUUGUGUGGCGACUGGGUGGCCUGUUGUUUGUUUCUCCGGACGUUGUAUAUACGAACGCCGGUCGCUGUAUCGGUUGCGUUGCGUUUCGCGUUGGAGUGACGACUGCUGUGUGAUCGGCCGGCUUGUAUUUUUUCCUGGCAUGACGUACUGUUCCUGUUGCUUUGUGCUUGGUAGUAGAUUCAUGCGUAGCAGAUGUUGCGAAGCAUGCGCGUUGAACAGGCAAGCUUGAUGCCCUAUUAUAGUGAGUCGAUUCUACCACCUACUGCCGUUGAUACGCCCCACCUGCUGUGCGGUGCCAUUCGUGGUGGACAGGGGGGGGGUGCGUGAUUCAUGUUGGAAGGUACUUGGGGGACCAGCCAGUCAACCGGAACCGGAAAUGAC